UUGCGUUUUAAUUUUCAGAUGAACUAAACAGCUGAUUUUAUCUGAAAACUGCAUGUUUUAUUUAUUGGUUUAUAUUUUAACAGUUUUUCAAUCUAUCAACUUAGGUUACGAAAAUAUUCGGCUCCUAAGCUUCAAGUUCUGCAAUUUAAAAGCUUCAAUUUCCUACUAAAGAGACAUAAACAGGAGACAAAAUGACCGAUCCGCUUGAAUGCUGUAUUUGUCUGGAGACGCUUGAGAACCCAAAAGCUUUAGAUUGUGGUCACUCGUAUUGUUCAACCCCGAAAGAUUGCCUGCGUAUAGUUCUAAGUAGCGAUUCUAGAAUGUGUUCAAAAUGUCGAGAACCGAUAGCUGCCAGGAUCAGAAACGAGAACGACUUAUCGGUCAAUUACGAUUUAAAAACCGCAAUUGAGGCAUCACAACAGAGCACAUCAAGUGCUGUACUAGACAACCAAGCUGGACAAGACGUUUGCAGUCUUCACAAAAAAGCGAAGAAAUUCUACUGCAAGAACUGCUCGGCCGCCAUUUGCGAAGAUUGUUGGAACCAGAGUCAUCUAGAGCACCACGUUGUUCCGAUAAACUCAGUACUCAAAGACUUAACUACAGCAUCAAACGAAUCUUGGAAACAUGUUGAACAGUAUCAAAACGAUUACAAGCGAUUGGUGACAAAUUCUGUUGAUCUAAACGAGGAAAUUGUCUCUACUAUUGAAAAACUCGAAAAGUUGACGGAGCUGAAAAACAAAAUGCAAAGCGCACAGAAUGUUCUAAAUUUCCAUGCAUUCGAAAAGAAGUCUUUACAGGAACUGAAUGAGCAGAAAGAAAAGGUUGAGCAUAUGAAAUUAAGCAUUUCGGAGUUGUCUAACUCGUGCACUGCGGUUGAAAACAGUUUGAAGAAAACGAUAGCUUCUUUCAGUCAAUGCAAAAAUACGGGAAGUUCUCAGUUGAGGGCCAGCUCAUCAGCAUUGACCAGAAAAGCAAGGACGAUCGGGGCUGAAAGAUGGCAGCUUAGAGAUAUUCGCAAAGGCAGUGCAACCACCCUUGAAUACAUAAGAAAUCCUCAGUUUUGUUCGCAAACUCAGGAAGUAUUUGCUUUUGGUAGUAGCGCAGACACAGUGUUGGUUUUCAAAGUUCAAGGAGAAUCUAUUACAAUGGACCGAAAACUGUCAGCUCAUAGUUAUAUAGGGCUAGCUUUGAGUGGAAGUGGAGCUCUGUAUCUCUUUUCUCGUAAAGAUGGCGUGAAACAGUUGAGUGCGGUUGAUAAGGAAAAUGGAACAGUAGUUAGGACUCUGGAUACUUCAAAAGCAGACAAUAAAUCUUAUUGGAUCAUUCAAGCUCAUGAAAAUGUGUUAAUGCUGGUAGAGCGGAUAGGUUUUCAAUACAAAUGUGUGCACGUGUACGAAAAUGAAGUAUAUACAUCAUAUACACUUCAGCUUCUCAUUAAGUACUCACACCGUAGUUUAUCAGUUUUGUGCGGAAGAGACUAUGUAUUACUGCAUACAAAUAAAAGCAGACUGGCAAUAGUUGAUCUCAACCAGUCUGGAUCUCAAGCCUAGUUCAAAUCAAUCCGGUUGGGUAAAAUAGAAAGUAUCCAUUCACUAGUGUGGAUAGCGAGAGGAGAUGAGGUCAGUGGAGAAGGAUAUCUAUUUGCAUCAGAAUCUGAAGGUAAUGCAUUCAAUUCUCAUGUGUAUGAGUUGAAUGUGAAGAGUGUUGUGGAUGGUGCUCUGCUGAAGCCACUGCAGGUCCCAUUCAUGAACAGUUACGGCUCUAGAAACGUUUUGUUCGGAUGCGCAAUGGGAACAAAUGCUGUUUUUUGCACAGACUUAUGCGGCAAACAAAAGUCCGAGUACAAGAAUUAUGAAUAUCCAAUGAACAUUUUGAAAUUGGAGAAAGUCAUCCAUCGAUGAAAAGAGUUGGAAAGCAAUAACAAAUACUUAAUGGCAUCAAACCUACAUGCAAUGAAUUAACAUCAAAUUGAGUAAUAAUUUUCUCAAUAAAUUGUCAAU